AUGUCACCUGGUCCCAACAAGCGAAAAUCUACCAAGAAGAAGAAAAAGAAGGCUAAACCUUCAAAAAGCUCCGCUUCCACACCCGAACAUUCCCCUAGUGAUGGAGAGAGUGAUGAUGGGGAAUUUAGCUCUUCAACAUCAAACAGUCAACAUACAUCUCCCCUUCCACCAGUCAAGCUGGAAACAAGCGAAGACAAAAAAACCGACGAGAAAGAAAGCAAAAUUGAGAUCGAUAAAAGGUCACAAGAGAAAAGUUUGAUUCCUAGAAGUAGCUCAGCUAACAAAUCUCGCGAUAAAAAGAAAGCGGUGGCAAUCGAACCUGCUAAUUUUUCGCCUGAAAAGGGGAUUCUUAAUCCAGUAAAUAACAAAACAAAGCGUCAACAGAAAAACACCAAAUCGCCAUUGAAACAAACAGGUGUGGAUGAGAAUUCUUCAAAUCUUAUUCAUCCAAAAGAAACGGGACUUGCGGAGUUGGUUGAGAAAUUGGUUUCAGUAGACGAGAAAGCUUCUCCAAAAUCGAAGGACUGUUUAACAGCUUCAACGUUAAACUGCCCGUUUUGUGGAAGGGGUGGUGCUGAUCGUUUGAAAAAACACGAUACGCCUGAAUGCCCUGAAAAAUAUCCAUUGUUAUCUCCAAAUCCUUUUUCUCAAGCACCUGAAAAAACUUCUUGGAAGAGUUGCUGUGGAUUAUUUGAGUUGUGCUCAGGCUCCAGUAGGUAAAUAGCAGAAGAAGUUGAUCAUAUCAUAUGAGACAAGGAAUUGAGGGUAGAACCUCAGAGUGGUCAUAGCCAAAGCCCUUUAACUUCAUUUUUUUUUUUUUUUGGAGGAGAUAGUGUUGUGAUAUCUAACUAUAUUGUUAAUAUAUAUAGAAAUAUAAGUAGUUUAGAGUUUAGACAUAAUUUUGAAUUUUGGUAUUUUUUAAACUUAAACCUGUAAAAAACGGAUGCAUCCUUUAUAAACAACAGAACAUGUGCGAUGUGCCUAUAGAAGUAUCGAGGAUUAGAUCAUAAAUUUGGGUGUAGUGACAGAGGAGGAUGUUGAAGGGUCGAGGAAACCAACAUACGGACUCCGGUCAAGGAAUUCGACCAUUCUGGUCGUGAGAUGCGACAACAUGUGGUUUUGAUCCUUCUUUUAGGCUUCAUUUAAAACGGAUUUUGAUGUUUUUUCUAGGAUUUUUCAAACCUGUUUUAAGUAAUUGUUUGCAUUUUUUAUGAUGGAGU